UAUGUUGAGAGACUUCAUAUUAUUCACCAAACUGCCAACGACAACACAGAAGGAAGAGAACUUGAAGAUACCCCCAACCUCAACACGGAAGGAAGAGAACUUGAAGAUACCCCCAACCACAACACAGAAGGAAGAGAACUUGAAGAUACCUCCAACCACCCAACGGAGAAAAUGGACUGUGAAGAGACCCCUCACCAGCCGAAGAAAAUAAGAGUUCGCCCCAAUAAGAAGACUCCGUUUCGAGCGCGUGAAAUACAAUCACCUAGAGAGCGCAAAUUAUUUCAUGAAGUAUUGCGACUAAGGAAACAUAAUCAGGUUCUACAAAAGAAGCAGGCCCGAUGGAAGAAGAGAAGAAAUCUUGAGAAGCAAUGUAAACCGAAGCAGACGAUCAGAAUGCAGGAGGGUUUGAAAAAAAUGAAUCGAGUUCAAGAAGAGUUUUUAAACAUGAUGCAUGCAAAUAAUAGUAUAAAGUCAAAGGGCAGAAGAUACAGUUAUUUUGAUAAAAUAUUGUCUCUAUCUAUUUACAAACAGUCUCCCAAGUGUUAUCGUUACUUGCAAAGUUUUCUUUCUCUACCUUCAAAGAGUACACUUUCGUCCAUUUUGACUAAAAUGCAUAUUGAUACCGGUAUUACCGAUGAAACAAAACAACGUUUGUUGGAAGCUGCCAAAUUGUGUACAAAUGAUCAAGAGAAAGUCGGAAUUCUCAUGUGGGAUGAAGUUUCUCUUGGUUUAGGAGUACAUUAUGACAGCAGCACUAACAAAGUUGUUGGAUUUGAAGAUUGGGGGACUGUUAGAACAGAACAGUAUUCUGAUCAUGCUCUUGUCUUUAUGCUUAGAUUAGUUAAAAGUGGUGCCAAAAUACCAAUCUCUUUUAAUUUUUGCAGCUCCAUGACGAACAAAAUGCGCCCUUAUCCAGGAAGAUGUACUGGAAGAAUGCCACAUGACCAAAGAAUUUUCAACUACAAGUUAAGUCGUGCGAGGCGAACAAUUGAAAAUACAUUUGGCAUUAUGUGCUCCCAGUGGAGAAUUUUUAGAGUUCCCAUCCAUGCAACCGAGGAACAUAUACACCUGAUCAUCCUUGCGGCUGUCGUCCUUCAUAAUUACCUUCAAAAAGAAGAAGAGGACUAUCCUGAAGACGCUAGACAUUAUUGUCCCACUAACUUCGUUGAUAACUUUGAGAACGGAGAAGAAAUUGAAGGAGAAUGGAGACGCGAUUUUCAAAUGAAUGCCUUCGCUCCUCUUCCUUCCGUUCACGUGCAGAGGAUUACUGCCCUAAGAAUUCAAAAUUAUCUAAAGGAUUACUUUUCAAAUGAAGGGAGUGUUCCGUGGCACGACGACAUGGUGAACGCAGGGGCCUUCUAAUUCACCGUAGUGGCCACUGAAACUGAAAAAAAAUUCCCGGCUAUUUCCCGGUUUUCCAGGUCAAAAUUAUU